AUUUGACCUUGAAGGUCAAGGCGCCAUUAUUAGGUUCUCAGAAUGACUAGGGGUUCACCUCAUCGAUCGCACAAAAAACAUCGUCACAAGAACCGUGAUAGAUCUCGUUCUCCCCUGGACCAGAUUACUGAUAGGAUUGCUACCAGGCGAGAUGAUCAAUCACCUAGUGAUACUGGAGGCACUGGUGUUGAUAUUUCUCUCUCAGUUGCGGAAACAAAUGCUUUGCGGGCUAAAUUGGGUCUUGCUCCUCUGGAUGCUGAUGAUACUUCAAAAUCAGAACGAGCAGUAGAUAACCAAGCCGAUUGCUACGUCCAUGCACCAGCUAAAGAUAUCAGAAAAAUAAGGGAAUCAGAAGCAAUCAAAGAAAAGCUAAAUGUCUUGAAAGAGAAAAGGUCACUGUUAGAUAAAAUUGGGCAGGAAAAACUGUCCACGCCUUCUGCAUGUGAAUCGGAUGUUCAAUCAUGGGUUGAGAAAAUGCGUGAGAAAGAACGAAUUCAGAAACAAGCCGAAGAAAGAGCAAAGCUCUUGUCUGAGAUUGACGAUCAGUUGGCUGUUUCUGAGUUUGUAGAGUCACGGUUGAUUCAACAUGGUAAAAAGUACAAACCCAAUGAUUUGGCCGGUCUUCGCGUUGAACACAGCUCAUCCCGUUUUGUUGACGGUCAAUCAGUUAUCUUGACGAUUAAAGACUCAGGUGUUUUGGAUGAAUCUGAAGACGUUUUAGUGAAUGUAAAUAUAAUUGAUGAUGAAAAAGCUGAUGUCAAUAGAGAAAAUAUAAGAAAGACUACCGGUCUGGCAGGAAUUGAAGACGAAGUGGAUGAGGAUGUACUUCUUGGUUUACGCUCUAAAGCUGUUCUAAGCAAGUAUGAUUCAGAGAUUAAUGGCAUUAAAAAAGACCACUUUGUUAUUAAUUCUGAUGGCUCUUAUAAUACAGAGAAUGAGCGUUUAUUGAAACAACUACAAGCUGAACUGAAAGAAGGACGACAAUCGUUGCCUGAUACUGAGCUUCGUAUAGCUUCUGAGUACUACAGUACUGAAGAAAUGGCUGCGAAAUUUAAAAAGCGUAAACGUCGUAUCAAAACUAUUCGUCAAGCACUGACUGCUGAUGAACUUGUGAGUGAAUUGCCAGAACAAUCAGGGUCUUCUGAUUUAGGAAGCCGUUCAACAGUUAGAGAAAAACGCUUAAAUAGUAACAUCCCAUCUGCAAAUGACACGUUUCCGGCUGAAGAAUUUUCUGCACAAAUAAUAGAUGUCAAAGAUAGUUACGAGGAAUAUUGGUCUGCAGCAGAUCACAUCGAUGAACCAGAUGAGUUGAGAAGUGAAUUAGAGAAAACUAUAGGGCGAGUCGUGCAAUCGAAGUCACGGGUUGUUUCUAAACCGGAAGAAAUUACAUCACAACUCUUAGCAAAAAAUAUAGCUACUCAUUCAUCCGAAUCCGUGUCACAGUCACCUGCGUCUGAUACAUUGACAAAUAAUAGCAAAAAAGACAAUGUUGUGUUCGACUCUACUGCAGAAUUUUAUAAAUCAAUUGGUAUUGGUUUUCAAGAAAGUAUGAAAAAAAAUACUCGUUACAAUCAGUUCUUACAAAAUCAGUCUAGAUUACAGAAUAAUGGCGGAGCAGUUGGUACUAAUGAUGAUGAUAAUACGAGUUCAUCACCUACAAGAUUGCCGUAUAAAGAGGAGGAAGAAGAAGAAGAACGAAAACUUGAUUAUGAUUCAGAAGGUAGUUAUCGCAUGAAAAGUGAAGACUAUGAUACAAAUUAUGACGAUACGAAGUUGGAAGCAUCAAACGAUCGAUGGCAUACUGUCGGUAAUGAUAUUCUUGGGAAUUCAACUCGGACAGUACCGAAACCAACAGUCAAAAAAUCUGGGCAGGAACAUUUUAAAGCAGAAAAUACUGAUAUACAUGGAGUUUUAGAUGAUGAACCACGUCUGGAUUCAGGAGUAUUUUCAGCUAUUCGGUUGGCUGAGAAAAAAGGCUAUAUUGAUAAAGAAAAAGAGAAACGAACUGGUUCAGGAACUAUGGUCAAUCUAAUGGCUAAACACUUUGUCCAAGAAGAUAUACGCUAUGAUGAUAUUGAUGCGAAAUUUUACAAACGUGAUCGUUACUCUGGUCCAUUAUCAGAUUUUAAAGAGUUAACGCAAUAUAAACCGGAUAUUAAAUUAGAAUACGUUGAUGAGCUAGGACGCGAUUUAAGUGCUAAAGAAGCUUUUCGUCAAUUAAGUCAUAAAUUUCAUGGAAAGGGUUCCGGUAAGAAUAAAACACAGAAACGUAUGAAAAAAAUCAAUGAAGAGUUUCUUCUUAAAGCCAGCACCAGUUCAGAUACUCCACUGGGAACAGUGAACAAACUGAAUAAAAAACUAGAAGCGAUGUCAAUGCCUUAUGUAAUUUUGAGUGGAAAAAAUGCAGCUGUGUAAGUUAAUUCAUGUUAGGAUACGUGUUUUCGUUGCAUUUUUAGUGAGAUCUUAAUUUUUAUUUCAGUCACCGCCAAGUUUUCUCUUAAUCUUUCAUAAAGAUUCAUUUUUGGUUUGAUUAAUUACUUUAAUGAUGGUGGUAUAGUGAACGAGAACACAAGCGGGGACAACCAAAUGUAUUUGAACACAAAAUUACAGAGCGUCUUAGUAAAAUCUUAGAACCACAUAGUAAAUACUUGAUUCGCAAAAUGUCAAUCAGUCGGCUCAGACUUCACUGUUCUUUCAUUUCCACAGCAAUCAUUCUCUGUUCUCGUUCUCGUUUCUUAGAUCUUAUUAACCAUCUGCUGCCAGGCAUUGCACUUUCGACUGAUGAAACAUACUACUUAUAUCUGUCGACAUCAGUAGCACACACCACAAUGGGACUGUCUCGUCCGAGCUAAAUGUGAAAACAACCCUGACCUACUUACUGGGUAUAUUUGGCGACUUCAAAAUAUCAUGUAUGUAAAUACAACAUAACGAAAAUUAUAUAUAUGAGCUGUUUUUCACGUAACAGAACAGAUAAAUAAACAAUGAAACUACAAGUCGUCAAUUGAGUGACCAGUUGUUUUUCACUUUCUCCAACUGUAACCAAACCUUAUAUUUUGAAAGAAAGAUACCUCAUUAAGAAGCCAAAGAAAAGUGAUUACAACAAUUGCAAGAACAACAGAGGCAUCACAAUACUAUCAGUACCAGGAAAAGUUUCAAACAGAAUAGUGUUGAGCUGGAUGAAAGAUUCAAUAGAUACCCAACUUCGAGAUCAACAGGCUGGUUUCCGUAAGGAUCGAUCGUGCACGGACCAAAUCGCGACACUACGUAUUAUUCUUAAGCAGUCAAUUGAGUGGAAUUCGUCACCAUACAUCAACUUCCUUGACUACGAGAAAUUAUUUGACAACGUGGAUAGGAGAACCUUAUAGAUCCUCCUUCAGCAUGAUGGUGCACUGAAAAAGGUGGAAACUUUCACGUGCCUGGGCAGUGUCAUUGAUAAACAAGAGGGUUCUAAAGUAGAUGUGAAGACACAGAUUGACAAAGCGAUGGCAGUACGUCUACAAGUGAAUAACAUAUAGAACUGAAGACAACUGUCAGACAACAUCAUAGUCAGAAUUUUAAACACUAACGUUUAAACAGCUCUAUUGUACGGAGUUGAGACCUCAAGCAUUACGACAACUACUAUCAAACAGCUGUCUACGCAAGAUAAUCCAGGUCGAUUAAUCGUAUGCCAUCAGAAACAACGUACUAUGGGAGAGAACAAACCAACUUGCCGCUGAAGAGGGCAUUAGGAAAAGACGCUGCAGAUGGAUAGGACACAUUACGGAAACCAUCAAACUCCAUCACUAGACAAGACCUAACUUGGAAUCCCCCAGUCGAAAGAAAAGGAGGCAGACUAAAGGAUAAAUGGGGAUGGGAAUUGAAGCAAGACAUUAAAAAAGAACAGCACUUGAUAACAGUUGGAAGAAGAGCUUAGGACAAAAUUCGUUAGUGAAUCCUGAUGGGUGUCCUAUGCUUCUCCAGUAUUACAUAUAAAGUAAUAAGACUGUCAAUAAACAAUUAGUGGUUAGGAGAGACCAAAGAAAAAGUAACGACUUCAAUGUUCGUCAAUUGGGUUGUGAUUACAUCAAUCAGUAAAAUUAAACAUGGGAGUUGUGUGGUCAAGUAAUAAUUACUCAUAAGUAAUGUUUUUUUUUUGAAAAAAAAACAAUUUGGCAAUUUUCUUAUUAAUCAGUUGUAAAUUCAGCAGAUACAAUUUUAUUUAUCUAUACACUUUAGUAGGAUAUCAUACGUAGUCACGUUUGUAAACUGCUUGGAAAGUGAUUAAAUUUUUAAACCUACAUUUAUAUUUUGUUAUCAUUAUGUGACUACGUAUCUACUCUCAUACACCAUGUUUAAUUGAUGUAGUGUUUGAAAUAUAAUCAUUAAAUUUCUUUAACUUAAUAAGGCAUCACUUUCGGUCCAAUUGAAACAGUUACACAUUAGCUCUUAUCAUUAUUUGUCACGGUUUGUAUCUUUCUGUUUUUGAUGUUAAGGUUUGCAAUUGAUCAAUCUCUAUUAGUCUAUUCAGACCUUGAAUAAAUUACCUCAAUAUUAUCAUAUAGUCACAAGUUUUUUCGUUAAUUGCAAAUUGCCAAGUAGCAUGAAUCCUAGGUCCAUGGUUUCCUAUUGAUUGCUUCUACUUCUGUCAUUCAGCAUGAGUUAUACUUGACUAAGUUGUUAGUAGCUCUUAAGUCGUAAUCUAUGUUCAAAGUCUCCAUUUCAACCAACUAAUACCAACUGAAUAUUUAAAUUUUCAAACGAGUAAAUAUCCGUUUGAUAAAUUUUGUCAUACAGUUUCUGUUCCACCUGUUUAUAUGAUAAUAAUCUAGUUUGGAUAAUUCGACUUUUUUGUAAAUAAUUGAGUUUAGAUUCACGAAUAGUGCAUCUCAGAUUAAGAGUACAAAGCAUCCAUUUAAAUCAUACGAACAUUUAAUUCAUUUUUGUAACUUGUUUUCAACUACUUAUAUCACUCAGUAGUAUAUUUUUAUAUUUUUCAAAGUGAAUUGUGUUUAUUUUAUUAUAGAAAGAAGCUGACGAAAUAGUUAACAGCAAUAGUAAACAACAAUUUGGAUGUCAUAUUCCAUAGUUGAUAUCACUUUUGUUACCUGGCAUCAAUACACUUGUUCAUUUGUAAUGCGAAUCCCCCACUAACCAUUAUUUUCUCACUUUUUUUCUGGAUUGUUAUUUCUUGUGUACAUACAUAAUCAAUUUUUAAAUAAAAACUCUGACCU